UAAAUUUUCAACCAACCACCCGAAAUUUGCAAAUAAUUUGAUGAUUCUAAAUAAAAGUAGAAAUUAAUCAAACAGGAUGACAUCGUUACCAGUAAGAAAGAGUAGAAACUUCUCCUUCACACCUUCAAAACCUCAUAAACAUCAGAGAAUUCGUGAAUAUAUUCUUUAUUGUUGUCCAACAGGAAGAUUUCAACAACAAUUGGAAGCAUUUUGGGAGAAAUCCAAGGAUAUUUGUGGCUCUAAUGGGGUUCACAAUUAUUCCAUUCCUCACAUCACUCUUGUGUCAUUUUUCAAAGCGCAUGAAGACUCCACAAACUUGGUUGAAGCUGUCAGAAAUUUAGCUGAUGACGGAAAACAUUUGAAUCGUCCCAUGGAACUUGAACUCUACACAAGCAAUAAUUUUAUGGGUUUUUUUGUGAAAGAAGACGACGCCAACGUACUAAAACGAAUCGCUUUGAAGUUUGUUAAAGAAGUUUCAGAUUCGAUUAUAAGCGACACCAUCGACCUCGAUCAUUUAAUUGCUUGCUUCCCCUAUUGCGCCAGUGCUGUAAAUGAGAAAACUUCUUCUCGAUGUAUACCUAAGAGCUCAAGAUUUUAACAAUUGAAAUACAAUUUGCCUUCUUUUUGGUUUUUGUUAGCCAUUUCUCUUGAACCUCAUGUGAAGAAUCUUCACUUGACGCUCGCUUUUCAAUUUCCUACGGAAGUUUAUCGAGAUCUUGUUGACUUAGUUGACAGUCUUGACGCAUCAUGUGCCAACAGUUGGGAACUUCGUCUUUAUUCUCGCGAUCCAAGAUUAGCAACAAAACAAGUUCAUAAAGUAAUUUUCCCUCAUACAUCAAGGGAAUCAGAUGAAUUGGAACUUCGCGUGGGUGAUUUGAUUUAUGUUAAUAAUGAUGCAUCCCAACAUUCAAUUGAUGGUUGGACAGAAGCAAUAAGUUUCUUAGGAAACAAUUACGGGUUCAUUCCUUUGAAUCAUACUGAGAGAAUACCAGAAACCAACGCUUGGACAUUGAACGCGACUGUUUCAUUAUGUCAACCUACACAAGAUGAGAUUGACGUCAUUGAUGGAGUCAGUCAUGUUAGUGAAUCUGAACGAUUCAGUCAGUUGAAAACGAUGGAAGAUUCGAAAGCAAUUGGACAGAGAAAACGUAUCGUUGUGCUUCGUCAUGGCGAGAGGGUGGACUUUGCAUUCGGCAAUUCAUGGACGCAGUUCAGCUUCAAUGAGUCACAGAACUACGUCCGAAUGGAUUUAAAUAUGCCAGAAAGUCUUCCACCAAGAGCGUUUGAAGAAUGGGAAAAAGAUUCCCCAUUGACAACUUUGGGAACAUUCCAAUCACAUCUUGUUGGUUCAUCGUUGAAGAACUUUGGUGUAAAGUUCAGUAAAGUUUUCGUUUCACCAGCUUUUCGCUGUGUACAAACAGCUAAUGGCGUUUUAUCAGCGAUGGGCCUUGAAAGCGAGUUACCGUUGAAUAUCGAAUAUGGAUUAUUCGAAUGGCUUGGGUGGUACGAAAUGGGACUGCCAUCAUGGGUAUCACCGAAGCAACUUGGACUUCAUUUCAAUAUUAAUGAGAAUUAUCAACCAGUGAUAACACAAAGUAAUCUUGAAGGAGUUUUGAAAGAAUCUCUCGCUGAGUUCUAUGAAAGAAAUUCAAGUACAACACGUGAGAUUUUAGAGAAUUGUGAAGGUGAUAUUUUGAUUGUUGCACAUGCGACAAAUCUCGAAACUUGUACCAGACAGCUGACAGGAAAAGAGCCAAGAACAAGAUCAGAUAUGAGGAAUUUAUUAAUGAAAGUUCCUUAUCUAGCAGCUAUAGCGAUGCAACAAAAUGAUGACUCAUCAUUCCAGCUCAUUGAGCCACCAUGUCUCUCAUUGACUCAUAACUCAUGUGCAAAGUUUGAUUGGAGACUUCUCGAUGACAAUUAAAAUUCUGUUUAGAAUUCUUACACUUCAUUAAAUCAUUUAAAGCUUUAGAAAUUCAUAUUAUUGCGCCAACUUAUCUGCUUUAAUUCUACUUGGUUGAUAUUUCAUUGUUACAUUAUUUAAAAUUAUUACUUUUUUAGAUAACAAAAUAAAAACUACUUAAGCUUCUCAUGCAUUUUAUUUUCAAAACAUUUGUUUUAGAAUUUCUUUUUAUUCUUUCAGACUUGUUUUAGAAAACAAAUUUGAUAAAAUUGUAAGACUUUGACAAGAGUUAAUCAUUAACUUGUCUAGUGUUUCAAGAGCUUUUAAUCAUCUCUGAACUUUAAAAACUUUGCACAAGUUUGAGAUAAUCUCAAGAGAUUCCUUUGAUAAUUAGAAAGCUUGAAA